CCUGAGACACGGUCCUGGGGUCGGGCCCUGGGGACAAGCACGUGGUUGUCCGAAAGCCCCUCGCUUCUCCAGGCAGCCCGGCCGCUGUGCGCUCCGGUGGCCAGAACGUUGCGUCUCGGGGCCGUGGGUCAGAAAACUGCGGCGGUGGGACUCCCAGCAGCCAGGCCUCGGUUGCCACACUGUUGUUAAGGGGCUGUGUGGUCGGGGUGCGGGGGAAGCCUGGCGUUCAGGGGGACGCGGGUCCGGGCAGAGGGAACCGCCCUGGUUCUGGGGACGUGAUCCGAAGCCACGGCGCAGGCCCUCGCCAGGGACGGUGCGGAUGGAGGGAGGGUUCAUGUCCCGAAUCCGCUCCCGCCCGUCGGUGGUCACAAGCAUCGACGACUCAUUCAACACAAGAGGAUGAGAUGGGGACUUCUCGUUACGAAAUAAGCUAACGUUUUCGUUUUUCCAGGGGCUCUGCCAUUCGGGAACCGCCAUGAAUAGUGUAGACAGCGAAGAUCUCUUCAUUGACAGGCCUCCCAGACUCAAGAGCUCAAAAGAAUGGUUGGAACCGCAGCCACUUCCUUUCGUGGAGGCAUUUGCCAGAGAAGAUAUUAAUGCAGCUAUUAAAUCAAUAUUAUAUAGAGAAAAUUAUAUAAAUAAGGAAUUAGAAAAGUAUUUACAGCGUCAUGACUUCUUAAAUACAAGAAGAAAAGAGAUGUUAUACAAAAGAUGGGUUGACCAUGUGGCAGGUCCUCUUCAGAAAAAAAUCUUGGAGAAAGUUUGUUCACAUAAGAAGAUUAAAAAAAGGAGACACCAGGAGUUAGAUACCUUCUUAAAAUACGUAAAUAAAAAGGGAAGUGCUUUCAUAGAGCACUAUGACCCAAAAGAGUACGACCCUUUCUACAGGCACAAAGAGGACCUGGAUUUCCUGAAGCAUGCAGUGGAAUGGGAAGCAUGCAAAGAGCACGACUGCCGCAAACUGAACGCAGUAGGACUGUUCGAAUGGUUAAAGGUGAAGAGUAAUUUCAACGCUAGUAGUUUUGAUUUGAAACACGUGACCAAAGUGCCUCAUCUUCCGGGAUCCCAGGAAGGAGAAAAAGCAGUUCUUUGCAAAAACGAAGGGUUAUGCUCUCUGGAAAAAGGACCGCUACGUUCUCAGCAGGGAAAGCGUCCAGAUCCUGAGGCGGCCAAGGCUGAAAGGCCCUCCUUGAGCCUCAGCCUGAAGGCAGAGCGGAGGGAAGACCAGGAUGCGGUUUCGGCAGCCAAGGAGCACACAGCCUGACCCUGGACUGGCCAAGAGGACACAGAGGAAGGUUGCUCUGGAGGAAGCCACCUGCCAGCGGGCAUCAGGGUGAGGACCACGGGAGGUGCUCAGGGCCGUCCUGGGUCUGAGAAAAGCAUCUGCAAUAAACCUCACUUGACGUUUGA